AUGCAAGCUAUAGGUCUGGAUAAUGUACUACCACCGAGGGGUGUUCAGCAGCCACCGAGGGGUCGUAGCCAGGCCAGAGGUGGUAAUGGUAUGGGUCGUGGACAGAGAGAACUGGGCAGAGGGGCAGGUCCUACUAAGACGAGACAGCCAGCUCUGGUUUAUGCUGCAGGCCACCGAGAGGACGAAAACACCCCAUAUGUUAUCAUUGAAUUUGACUUAAUACUGGGUAUGGACUGGCUGGUUAAACAUCAAGUAAACUUGGAUUGUGCUACUAAACAGAUGGUAUUGAAAACUGUGGAGGGUGAUGAGGUAGUUAUAAUUGGGGAGCGUUUGAAUUAUUUGUCAAAUGUGAUUUCUGCACUAAGGGCCGAGAAAUUAGUUCGUAAGGGUUUUGAAGCAUAUCUAGCCUACAUCGGUGUUUCAGACUCCGAGGGUUCUUCUUCUGUUAAUGAUAUCAGCACCGUUAAAGACUUUUUAGAUGUUUUCCCUGAUGAGCUACCUGGAGUGUUCCAGCCCUAUUUGGAUUGGUUCGUUGUGGUUUUUGCAGGCGACAUUCUAGUGUAUUCAAAAACUGAUGAUGAACAUGAUACACAUCUCCGAGUUGUUCUGCAAAUUCUGAGGGAGAAACAACUGGUUGACCUUUGGAAAACUGAAGCUGUACUGGACUGGAAGUCGCCUAAGAUAGUAUUUGAGAUUCGUAGUUUUCUGGGACUGCCAGAAUCUGGGAAAGAGUUUAUUGUUUACAGUGAUGCAUCACAAGUUAGUUUGGGAUGUGCGUUGAUGCAAGAUGGUAAGGUCGUAGCAUACGCAUGUCGCCAGCUUAAGACACGUGAGAUGAAUUACCCGGCACACGACUUGGAGUUAGCUGUAGUGAUUAAGGAUAAACAGUUGGAGGAUGAGUCACAGAGUCCUCGAUUCCGACAGAUUGGGUGUGGAGAAACAUCAGAUUUUGGACUAAAUAACGGAGGGGUACUCUGUUUCUGUGGGAGAGCCUAUGUACCGAAGGAUACUGAUUUGAGGCAGUCUAUACUGCGAGAAGCAUAUAGUAGCCCUUAUGAUAUGCAUCCCAGUGGGAAUAAGAUGUACCGAAACCUUCGUGAGUUAUAUUGGUGGCUAGAUCUUAAGCAUGAAGUUACUGACUUUUGGGAAAGAGUGACUAUGGACUUCGUUAGUGGACUGCCCUUAACGCCUGUUAAGAAGGAUUCAGUGUGGGUCAUCAUGGAUCGGUUAACCAAAUCUGCUCAUUUCAUACCAGUCCUGACUGAUUAUUCUUUAUAG